AUGGGACCAGGUAGAGCAGCCUGUGCAAUUAUUUUUGCCUUGGCGCUGUCGCUGUCUCGUGGCCUUGCAUACAGUCGGCAGCGUCGCUUCAUCUUGCCAGGCACUGGCUUGAAAGUUCAGCGAUUGUCGAGGCAGGAUUCUCCAGUCCUCGAUGUUCUGGGGCAGGAAUCUUCUAUCCUUGAGGCUUCAAGCGCAAAAUGGAGUUCUCCCGAUUCAUCUGGAGAUGCCACAUGGCUCCAGGAGACUGACGAGAACAAUCGCACGACAGGCAGUAGUCUUCCGAGUGUUCAUGAUGCACUGUGGGAUAAGAGGGGAGAGAGCAUAUCUGCAUCCUUGGUGCAAUUUGGCUUCUCUCCCCUAGAUGACACAGCUUUGGCCCUGUACCACAAGGUAUUCAGGGAAUCCAUUCAAGGGACAGCAAAACCCGGCUUCAACUACGUCCGGACGCACUCCGCACUGAGGUCUCUUGCAGUGACGAACCUCAUCAUAGGGAGUUUGCUGCCUGAGCUUGAUAAGAAGCGGGAAUUCAUAAGGAAGAUUGAAAACGUCGUUAAAAAAAGACCCAGGCAAACGGUGAGCAUGUUCGACGAACUUGUGUGCUGCUACGCAGCGGCUCCAAAGGAUGAAACUCAGGAGGAAGCAGAAGUCAAAAAAGUGGUGAAGGUGCUAAAACAAUUGUCAGGAGCCUCCGCUGGAAGGAUACGUAACGACAGUAGGGUAAUGGCAGCGAUCCACCACAUAAUAUGCAAUGUGCGAGAAGGGAAAAGGAGCGGAUUUGCGGGACUGUUCGAGUCCUUAGCCUCCGAAUCAAUUUUUACCAUUGCCCACAGCAUCCUCCACACCGGAGCAAGCCUAGGUUUUUCGUUCCAGCCCAUGCUGACCUCAGGGCUGAGGCUUGUCCAAGGUUGUGUUAGAAUGGCUAUGACGAUUCAGAGUUUGGCGGGGCCCGCCCUGCUCUUACCUGGCGGAGUCGUGGGAACUGUUCUUAAGCACUUUAUCCGGGCCUUUAACCUCAUUUUUUUCCCACCGCUGUUGGCUGUCACUGGGGGCCUUGCCGGAGCAAUGGGUGUGGCUUGCUUAUUGGGGGUGCCAACACUCUUUUCCGAAAUCUACAAGUUUGUAAGCACCAAGGUUCUAAAGGGUGUAACCGCCGUCUACAAACAUACCCAGCUCUUUCGACUGCGAAGUGACCCUCACGGGGUUAAGCUCUUGAAGAAUGCCUUCAGUGGCAGAUUUGUUUCCCUGCUAACACAGCUUUGGCAGCUGGAUUCAGUUGGCGCGGAGACACUGGAAAACUCUGUGCCGCAGUUGACUACGUUUUCUAGCGAAGUGUUCUCACAGGGCUUCCUCAAUGGGAUCGUUCACUUUGCCAGGGAAUAUACAUCGGUUAUAGAAGAUGAGUACCUCACAGGCUACGAAGACGCAACGACGAAGUGCUACGAACAAGGCGUUCUGCUGACAAAGGCCAAGCUGAUUUGCGAAGGAACGUUUAGGCGACUGGAGGUGUUCUCUACCAGGUCUAAGGCAGUCCUGAAUUUCAUCAGCUGGAUGGCGUUUCGGGACUACAUUGCUGAAUUAUUGCUCAUGGUGUACAACACCGCAAGGCUUUCAUUAGAGGCGCAAAUGAAACAGAGUGAAAACCCUUCAAUUGAAACUUUGAGGGCUGCAUUCGCUGAGGUUGGCUUGCAAGACUCCUUAGUUGCAAAUAUCGUAGUCAAGCCGAGGCUGCAAAGGGAUGUUCACAAUUUUACCUCCGGAGUGGUUGGCAUUACAACAUUCUUUAUGCUGCGAAAGCUGCACCAAUGGAGGCCACGCUCGUUGAAGACCUCCCAGAAGCUCGGUGCAACUGUCCCACAGACUGUUCCAGAGCAAAAGUCCACAAAUGCAAAUGAUGAAGACGUGUCCCUAGUGACACAGCGGUUAGAAGCAUUUGCGGAAGUGGAAAUGCCACCAGAAUUGGCAGUGGCUGCUCCAGAACUCAAGAUAGUUGAAGACAAGUCCGUAACAUCGACAGAAGCUACUCUACUGGAAACGUAUGCGGCUAAGAGAGAUAUCCUGAUGAUAUCUCUCCUGCGACGGUCUCUACAGAAGCUUAUCGGGGCCUUUGACAGCAUUUUUGGACGCCUAGAAAAGAUGGUCAGAGCUACCGUAGGACGCGAUAGGCUCCAAACGUGCAAAUUGGCUGAUCGGAAGCUGUGCUUUAACGCCGAUGAAGCCAUGAAAGCGAGAUUUGCCGUCCUACAGUUUGUUUUAGCGGCUCAUCUUGGCGUGUCCAUUGGAACGGGCGAUAAAUUAAUUGAGUCCCCCCAGGAGCUAAGGGAUGAUUUUAUGUCCUUUGUUAAAGAUGCAGCAUGGUUUCGCUACCGCUCCCGUACCUUUAAAGUUCUUCGAACAAGAACUCGGUGGGGCCUCGAUAUCCUAAUAAACCACUUGUUUCCCCAGCAAAAGGGAGAAGCGAGAAGGGAGCCCAUUUCAGAGGAGCAUUUAAAGACUAUUGAGCUGGCAGUGACCUCAAAUCAGGCGGCAGCAAGUGACGUUGUUAGGAAGCUGUUUAAGUUGACCCGGCUUCAGUGCCUCAACAACGGUGCACUUUUUGUACUGACCACGGAUCUGGGAGGCGCCAAAGUUUUUAGGCCAGAACCUCCCAUCACGCAGGAGAUGAAAAAGCAACUGUGCACGCCGGAGCACGAAUUUGUCAAGUUCAAUGCUUUGUACAUGCAAAACGACGUGGGAGGACACUUGAUAGUGCCAGGCCAUGCGGACAUUGACGGAUUCAUCGUCGAUUCUGGAAUUAUCUUAAGAGAUAAGCAUAGCGACGAAAGCGCUGCGUACCUUAUAGAAGCAACCCUGUGGUCUAAAGGCAUUCCACGCAUUGAUGCGCUCAAGGCGGCAGACCUCCUGGUGGCGACGAAAAGAACGCUUUACAGAGAUAGGAGCUGGCAGGAGUUUUUCAACGAGUGGACCCCAACAGAUCUGGAUUACGUGCAGCACAAUAUUUCAUCGGGAAUGCACCUUCAGAGGGAGAAAUACAUAGAUGAAGAGCGAAAAGCUCUGUAUUCCCUUGAUUUAUCCGCCGACGGGUUCCUCGAACUGUUGGUUAGGUCGCUUGAAUCUACAUUUAUCACCGCAGGGAGUUUAAGUGCCGGCUUGUCCGACUUAGUUUUAAUUUUUCCUAUAACUGUUGGACUGGAAGCCUUGAAGAUGGCGGAGAAAAAUGUCACUGGCUUGACGAGCAUGCUGGGCAGGUUUCAAGUAUUGUUAUGGGACGAAUAUGCGGCGAGAAAACGGCGGACCAAAAACGCACCAGUUUGUUCCCAGUUGGAAAGCUCGGUCGACUCUGCAGGUUCACCUCAGCCCGCAAGGAACGACUUUCACGGGCCCUCAGUAAGCGACGCGUUCGCCAGGGAGGAGGGAGCUACUGACCCUCUCUUUGUUGAAUGGUGCGAAGAAUUACAUUCGCGAGCUAGCAACAGCCCCGACGAACCCGGCGCCGCCAGAUUAGCUGCACAAGAUGCUGGUAUAAUUCAGUGUUCACUCCUUCGCUUCCUCGGAAAGCGCCAGAUGGGUGAACCGACUGAAAACGAGAAGAACGCUGUGUUCAAAUAUCUCCACCGGGUGACUGAGCUUCUUCGCAAGGCGAAGAAGACCAAUAGGUAUUCGUGGAAAAGGUAUUUGAAUGCCAAACCUUCAAGAAAGGGCGAAAAUCGUGAGGAGGCAGACUCUGUUCGGGCAGCCAUCAAACGCUCGCUCCUCACUCUCAAAAAGCGCCUCAGUAGUGGCACAGGACGGAUGGCUCACAAGAUUAGAAGUGAAGCAGCUAAAGAGAUCUUCGGAAUCCGGUUUUUCAAUAUUCUGAGAGGUCCUGAAUUUCUCCGAACACUGCAGUUAGCUGCGGUGGAAGCGUUUGCUGACCAAGCUCUGUUCCCUAGCAAAGUGCUCAUCCAUCCCAUUACCCUAGCUGCCUUUACGCGCAUCCGCACCUUGAUAAAGUUUGAAGUGCUUCCGAUUAUGGACCGACCUGAAGGAGUGGAGCUCAUUACACAGAUGAAAAUGAUGCCAACACCGUCUCCCGCGAUGGAAAAGCUGAUAAAACGGCUCAAAGCUCAGCUGAAAACAGCCAAAGCAGAGUUCGGUCCAGCAUACAGAAGCCAUGUAAGGAAGUGUGCGGGUUACCUUUCGCUGCUUAAUAUUGCGUCGUCGGCUCCAGCAUACGUUAACUCGAAUCUGCCCCGUCUGUUUUCUCGCUUCGCUUCACUCCUGGAACGGCCGCUAGAAGCGAAUAGACGCGAGUACCUCAUCACCCGGCGAAGCCUGGCUUAUUUGGAGCAGGCUGGGAUGAAGCUGGUCCUUAAAGCUGGCGAUGCAGUUGCAUUGCUGGAGAAGUCCUCUAUGGAGCCACCAGUGGAACUUCGUGUCCACCAGACCCUCGGGCUACUGAGCAACAUCUCACCAGCGAGCCUUUCACUAGCUGCCGCCGGAAGAGCGCUCCACAACCCUCGACUUGGGCGGCCUAGCCUGUUUCUUUUCUGCAACGUGACGAUCCCGGUGCUUGCUAAUCCACAGCACCAGAAGAGGCGGGAAGCAGGCUUGAAGCAAAUGAAAGAGCUGCGGGAAUUGUUGAUCACGUCUGAACUCCCUCUGUACUUCCAAAUAAACAAGGAGGCAACCUCAGCAGAUCUCGUUUUUCAUGACUUGGAGUCGCUCAUCAAUGCAGCACAAAAUGUGCAACUCCAGAGCGAAGCAAGCCAACAGGCUGACCUGACUGCUGGAUUCCUGCUGCAUGCGCCGUUGAUGAAAGCAUUGGAAAUAAUGGGUCUGGCAACUGAGCCUGCGGAAGAUGAUAUUGUUGCGUCUCCCUUGCAGUGCACGCCAGAAGAUAAGAGCUCAGGAACCUGGUACACCAUACCAAUCAACGGGUCGAGUCGCCUGCGCAUGAUAACAUCGAUGUUGAUCCAGCUGGGGGAUGCAGAGGAUGCAGUCGAACGCCUAGAGGAAUCCAACAUGGCUUCCGUGAGCACGCGGGAUGGAAAUACGGGGAAUGUUGCCAGUGUCACAACAGACAAUACUGAAGAAGGGAAACAAUCCAGUGUGGAUGAGGGGAGCUCUGCGGACUCCGACGGGCAGUCAACAACUAGAUCUACGCGACAAUCGGAACAAACUGAUUCUGAUUCGUCUGGCAGCGUAUCAUCAGAUGGCGAAGGCAUUUCGACAGUGGAGCUCACAUAUGGCAGCGAACAGUCAGCUGAGCCGUCCAAAACCAAUGUAAAUUCUAUACCGUCAGGCGACUCUACGACACCUGCGGAGUUAGAAAGGAAGGGGCCGGAGAUAAACUACGGUGGUGAUCGCGCCUUAGAAAUGGCUAUUAGGGCAGAUCAGGAAGGUCUACGUAACGCGAAGGCAGCUGUGCAACAUCUGACACAGCAGGUUUCCUUAUUUGAGGCCCACUCAACAGCAUUUCCAUCUAUUCUCCACACCUUAGUUUCAGUAGCACAGCUCCCCUCUCGCCUUUACAGGUCAGUCUCCAGCCGCUUCGUUGGCAACAUCGCUACUGCUGUCCUUGGUGCGCCCUUGAAGCAGCAGCGCAAGCGGGUGCUGCCCUUGGUGCGGCUGAAGAGAAACAAACUACGCAGGGGGAAGGCACUUCGCCGGCCUGCUGGAGAAGGCCAAGCGAAAAAUGAAGCAUCUGAAGCAAGCACUGAAAACACCUCCUUCUCGACUGUCUUUCUGCCAUCCUCGGUAAAGGAUGCCCUUGACGACGUCCGUAAAAAGUGGAAAAGCCUCUUGAAAACAGACUUUUUAGCCGUCAGAAGCGCUGCAUGCAAACAGGAUGCGGAUCUUUGGCUGAAAGAUGAACUCGCGGCGAAUGAGCAAGCGUUCGCUGAAGAAAUAGAAACACAACAAAGCAUAGACGCAUCUUCCGCACAAGAGCAAAUAUCGGUGGAGCAAGAGAUGCUGGAGGCCGAACGACUCUUCGCGUAUUUCAUCCGUAUGGGGAUCGAAAACGCGAAGUUAAUUCAGCAGUCUGCAGACCAAGCUCUGUUGGAUCAUCUGUGGGACCAAUUGGUGAAGGCAGGCGUGCUGGGAGCUACAGCUUCCCCCGAGGCUUCUGCUGCUGCUCGCGGGCGUCUGCAAAAUGCACUCGAGAGCGUUAGCAAGAAACGCCCGUUCAUGGCUAUCGAGCCCGUGCGUGAAUUAGUUACUGGAGUGCUGGACGAGCUGCUGCAAACACCAAGCACGACCAAAGAGAAGCUCCGCGAAAUGCUGGAGCAGCUGCAGAUAGGGGCCGUGGAACGCGCCGCAGCCUUUCUGCUCAGCAAGGCAGCCGGAGUUGAACAAGAUACAGCUCAGGAGACCGUGAGAAAUCUUGUUCAACGCCAAACUUCUGAAGAAGCCACUCCGGAAUUUACUCCUGGAGAGGGGCCCCGUGUCUCUAAUCUGCAGGCGUGGUUAAUCCAAAUGUAUUUCAUCGCGGAUCCGCUCAUGCUCCUUUCGCGACCCUCGAUAUUUAAACCUGCUGUUGUUCUCAUCGAAGUCCUCAAUAAAGCAGCAAGUAAGACUGAUAAAACUUCCUCAGGGAAGGCCUUGCACGUGCUGGCUGCCACUAUCGCUACUCUGCCUAUGCGUUACAACAGGUUUGAGUAG